GUGGGACGAGGGACCUGGAGCCUGAGCAGCAGCAGCCACUGAGCAGGGCAGUGAUGGCUUUGUGUUACAGAAGAACCUGUGGGCUCCAGCCCAUGGCUUCUGACCACAGCUCCGUGGCUUCUGCCGAGGACAUGUCCCAUGCUGUGGGUGGCACCAGUGCCCAGUCAGGGGCCUGGCCCGGCAUUGUCAGCAUCCAGGCCACGUGGGAGAACGGCACGUGGCACAUGUGCACGGGUGUCCUCCUCAGCCCCCAGUGGGUCCUCACGGUCGCACACUGCUUCGCCAGGGCUGGGGACAACUCCACCUGGGAGGUUGUGAUUGGGGCCACAGAUCUGACCCAGCCGGGCCCCGAGGCCGCGGUCAGACACAUCCAGAGGCUCCUGGUGCACCAGCACUACGUGCCUGCCACAGCCAGGAACGACAUCGCCCUGCUGGAGCUGGACCAGCCCGUGGAGUGCAGCGACUACAUCCAGCUGGGCUGUGUGCCCGAUGCCUCGCUCAGGGUCUCAGAGCUGAAAUCCUGCUACAUCGCCGGCUGGAACCUUGCCAGAGCUGGGGAAGAGGCUGUGACAGAGCCAGGCACCCCGGGAUCUACACCUCCACUCAACACUUCUACAACUGGAUCCUGCUCCAGACGGGCCUGAGCUCAGCAGAAAGAGCUGGUCCAGCACCAGAGUCAGACAUCACCUCAGUCCCUGAGCAGCGCGUGAAGCCAGAGGAGCCAGAGGAAGACAUCAACUUGACCCCUGAGUACAGCCAGAGACCAGCGGUGACAUCCUCAGGCACAUCACUGCCUGUGGCAUUCCCACACCAGAUCCUGGUGCAAUUCUGGAAUCUGCUGCAGGAGUUCCUGCAGUUUCUGAACGACAAAAAAGCUUGAGCAGCAGGGGGAUGAGCAGGAUCCAAGGCUACAGUGGACCACGGCAUUUCCUACUGAGCCAAAGGUAGCCUUGGAGCCAGAGGCUUCUCUGUCCUGCCCAUGCUGCUCUGCUGCAGCCACAGCAAUGCUGCCGUGACUGAGGUGUUGAAGUAAAGUUUCUGUGUUCACCAUUAA